GGUGAUGCAAACAAGAAGUAAAAUACCUCUCGCAGUCUUGAAGUGGUAGCAACGCGAAGAGAACGUUCCGUUUCACGUCCGUCGCGAUCGAAUAAGUUCCAAGUGUUGUGAUUUUGUGGGGUAUUGAGAUACCUUUCCAAUCGUAACUUUUCUCCCUGGUGAAAAUUUUUCUAGUGUUUUCUUGUACAGGUGGCAAAUAUUUUUUUUUUGCAAAUUUAAAACUGUGGAUGAGUUUUUUUUGUGAGGUGAUACAAAAUACAAAAAAAGAUACAAAAGAUACAAGAUACAAAAAAAGACCCGAGAAUGAGAUAGAAAAGAAGCCAAAGAGACACGCCAAGAGUAGUGGAUACGGUUUUACAGUGGAAGAAUUUGGUGAGAGUUGAAAAGUCAAGAAACUUAAACUCAGUGAUCUUCAGACAAUCAUUGAAGCAAAAGGAGAAAUAGCGAAAUUCUUUUACCAUCGGCAACCAUUUUGGCAUAAUGCACGGCAGAAGGAAUAAACUCUGUGCUAAGUUAUCCAGCGCUUUUCUUCGAAAGUGGUGGUUCGUCAUAGCGUUUGCGCUGUGCCUUCUAGUUUUAGGUGUUCUAGUCACAUUUGGAUUCUCAGCCCUAGUUAGAUUAGUAAUUGACCACCAAGUGGCUCUACGACCGGGUGGACAGUCCUUCGGAUGGUGGUCAAAACCACCCGUAGAACCCUUCAUCCGCCUCUACGUUUACAACGUCACCAAUGCCGAUGAGUUCCUCAACAAUGGCUCGAAGCCCAUCCUUGAUGAGUUAGGACCUUACGUUUACCUACAAAAAUGGGAAAAAGUGGACAUUGUGGAGAAUGACAAUGGAACGCUGAGCUUUAAUGCAAAAAGGGUAUAUAUCUUCAAUGAAGAGCUCUCAGGUGGUUCAGAGGAUGACGUCGUUAUAGUUCCCAACAUUCCUAUGUUGAGUGCAACUUCACAGAGUAAACAUGCUGCAAGAUUUCUCCGAUUGGCAAUGGCCAGUAUAAUGGACAUUCUGAAGAUUAAGCCCUUCGUCGAAGUGUCCGUUGGACAAUUGCUCUGGGGCUACGAGGAUCCCCUGUUGAAGCUGGCCAAGGAUGUUGUACCGAAAGAGCAGAAGCUGCCCUAUGAAGAGUUUGGUCUGAUGUAUGGAAAGAACAGUACAUCCCGAGACCGAGUGACUAUUUGGUCUGGAGUAGACGAUAUUGGACGAUAUGGUAUCAUUGACAAGUACAAUGGAUUCUCCCACCUGCCACACUGGUCAGAGGAACGAUGCAACAGGCUCAAUGGCUCUGAUGGGUCUAUCUUCCCACCUCAUAUCUCAAAGAACACCACACUCUUUGUUUACGAGAAGGACCUGUGUCGUCUCUUGCCGCUGACCUUUGAGAAGGAGGUGGACACGAGAAACAACGUGCCAGGAUACCGAUUCACCCCCACUGAGGAUGUAUUUGCAUCUGUAGAGAAGAAUCCAGAUAACAUGUGCUACUGCCCAGCAGGACCCCCAUGUGCUCCACAUGGAUUUUUCAAUGUCUCUGCUUGCCAAUUCGAUUCACCGAUUCUCCUGAGUUUUCCGCACUUCUACAUGGCUGAUCAGAGCUACAGAGAAGCAGUUGAGGGUAUUUCGCCGCCUGAGAAAGAGAAACAUCAGCUCUACAUUGACGUACAACCGGAAAUGGGAACAGCACUGCGAGCCCGGGCGCGAAUUCAAAUUAAUUUGGCAGUGAGUCAAGUAGUGGACAUCAAACAGGUGGCAAAUUUCCCAGACAUUGUCUUCCCCAUCCUGUGGUUCGAGGAGGGUAUCGAUGGACUCCCAGAUGAAGUGACGGAUCUCAUGUUGAUGGCCAAUACCCUACCACCCAAAGCACAGCUUGGCCUUAUGAUUGCCCUGUAUGCUUUGGGAGCCUUCCUCCUGGUCAUGGCAGUGACGUGCUUGGUGAGGAGUUCACACCGGCAGAGCACCCUGCAUUUAGAUUCGUCAAACUUCCUCGCCACGGCGUCAAUUGAUCAGGCCAAGAAGAAGUCGAAGAUGGACAACAAAGAACGAUUUUAACCAAUUUCGUCUAGGUAGCUUGUAGGAAACUCAAUGUGUGUAGGACUCCUCGGUGAACAAAACGCGGAAAACAAAUACAGUAAAAAAAAACUUGGUGUAUUUAAUUAAGAGUGGUAUUUAAGGUUUCAAUGAUGAUGUGGACAAGUUAUAUCUUUGAUAGGGAAUUCUAAGUGCAAGUGUACAAGAAAUUACCAUAAACCCUCACCCUGUACUCCUAUUGUAUCUCUUCCUCCUCUUCCUAAACGUAAUCUUAGGAUCUCCCAUGUUUUUUCACCACUUUCCUUGAAAAUUUCCUCUCGAGAAAAUUCCUUUUCACACGUUGCCAUAGUCGUCCUUUGUCCAUCACUGUUCCCUUCCCCUUCGACAAUGGUAAUUUUUUCCAUAAUUUGUAAAUAAUUUAUAAUUUUUGUAUCACAGUGUAAAAGCUUAUCUCUAUUGUGUAGUUUAAGUAAAAGGGUUAAAAAAUAUUUAACCAUAUGUUAAAUGGUUAUAAGAAAUUUACAUGAAAUGCGCUAAAGGUGCGCAAUGACCAUGAGGCAAGUGCUAAAAGAAAGCACUGUGCAAUAAAAAUCCAUCCAUAAAAUACUUCAAUUCCUAGAAUACCGUCCAAUUAUACGUAGUAUUGUCUUUUUUGUAAACUCAGAAAAAAAUAUCACAUUCUUUUUAUACCUUUUAAUUGUAAUUUUUUUGUAUAUAAUACGAAAACAAUCCAAAAGAACACUAAGAAGUAGUGUAGGAGAGACAUAAGCGAAUUAUCGCUUGGUAUGUGAACAAAAAUUGUUAAAAAUUGAAGGAUUUCUCCGAAUAAUAUUGAUAGAAAAAAAUAUGAUUUGUGAUAAAGUUGGUUUUUGUUUAAUAAAUACUGUAAAUUCACAAGAAA